UGGAUAUUUCUUUUAAACAAUGAUUACCUACAUUACAAGUUCACUUUGCAUACAUAUUGUACACGCAUAUUAGAGAUAUAUUAUUUAUUUAUUAGGUUAUCACAAACAAUACAAUGAUCGGAAAAAACAGGCUAUUGCCCAAAACUUCUUCAAUUUCAUAAUUUAGAAUACAUCCAUAUAUGACAAUUUCUUCUUAAAACUUAAUAAUGGAAUAGAUUAUAUCAAACAAAUUUUAAGGUACGUUUUCCAAGAAGUCAAAAUUGCACAAAUAUAUCAGUUGCAUUAGUAAGCCUCCUUUUUAUCAUCGCAUUUUGAGUGGGACGUACGGUGCAUGGUGCUUUUCAUUACUAUAGCUUUCCAACAUGGGAAGUUUCAACAGUUCAGGUGUGUAUUGCUGAUAGAAAUACAUCCACGCGUUAUCAAAAACCUUCUCAACUUCCCCUUCUUUAUAUAUAACGUCCUCUUUUCUGCGUUUGUAGACUACCGGAUGUUCCUCAAGCCCAUCAAGAACUUCUAACAUGUUGUCGUCAACUUCAUAAACCUCACCUCUCACGUUAAAACCAGUAGAAUUUAGAUCAAUCAUAUAUGGAAUGCUAUACGGUGGUCCUAUGACCAGCGGGUAUUUAGAUUUGGUUUGUGCACUGAAAAGAAAUUUUGAAUAGCCGUUUGCAGAGUCUUCAAGUAGAAAAUGGUUGGGCUCGCCUUUCUUUAAAGUUCCAUAGACGAAAACACAGGUUAACUGAUUUGAGAGUUGUGAUAGAGACAUUUUUGAGAGAAAGGUUUUGAAAGUGUUCAGUGAAACAGAGAGCAUGAAGAGUCAAACACUAUACAAAAAUCCUAUCUUAUGAGUACAGUAGUGCUUUUGGAAUCACCUUUUGGAAUGUUCACUAACAAAACUUGAAAUAAUAUAAGUGGAAAUAAGUUCUUGGUUUUUAAUGCAAUAACACCAGACUUUACAACUCACAACCUAAUGCUAAUGAAUGCGAAAACGAAACACUCACUUAAUCCAAGAUACUGAAAGUUGAACAUUGAAUAGAAUACACUUUAUACUUAUCAAUUUUACCUUGAAAUGUUAUUAAAAUUUUUGCGUAGGAUGCUAUAAAAUUUUCUAUUAGCCGCCCAUAUCACAAACCAUAAGUUGAAAGGUUAUGUUCAAUGUUGAUAAAUGAAGUUCGAAGUGUCGUCUGCCACUGCCAUAUUGUUUGCUGCCAACAUGAUUGAAAAUUAAUGCUUUCAAUUAAAAAGAGAAUAAACUCUUCAUCCGGAUUAUUUGUAACAAAAUUGAAAAAAUUUCAAUAAAAUAAAUAGUUUAAAGCAUUCUUGUAUGGAAAUCAACAAAGUUUUUAAUUUUCCACAGUAGAAAAAUGUGGGCAACUGUAUGGCAGCCUGCUAAUAUUCGACCUCUUGAUCUUCAGACGAACAUUGCUGUCAGCUGUUCGAAAAUUUGGGAUUUGGGAAAGUACCAUGGCGACUAUCCCGAGAAUAUUUUUUAGAAAAAUCUCUUCAACUCCAGCUUUGAAAGCUGUAGCUGAAACUGGAUCUGCAUACCACGCAGAAGCUGACAAAGCUCGUGACCUAUGGAAGAAAAUCACAUGCUUCGUAGCUUUUCCAGCUAUUGCCAUCGCCUCGGCUAACUGCUAUAUAAUGGAAAUUUCCCACCAUCAUGAAAGGGACGAAUUUAUUCCUUACGAGCACCUCCGCAUCCGACGCAAGAAAUUCUUCUGGGGAGACGGCAACCAUUCCUUCUUCCACAACAAGGCGGUCAACCCCCUCCCCGACGGUUAUGAAGAUUGAAAACGUUUUCGAGGUUAUUGAACUUGCUAGCCUGUCAAUGUAAAUGGUUCACGGUUGUUGUGAGCAUUCAAAAUAUUAUUGUAAAUCAGCAAAUCUAGUAACUUAUAAUGAUGAAUUAAAUGUGUUGUAGUUAAAA